ACGCCAUAGCAAUGGGACUCCAUAUGGAAGCAGCCCAUUGGCUGGUUCGGCGUAUGACGCAUGAACAAGGAAGUGGAUCGCUACCGCGGCUAAAAAAUGGCAGCUCACAGGUGCAGCCACUUGGUUUGGCUGUUUCUUCUUGUUAGUUUGUCGGCGUUUCUCCUUUCCGACAGCCAGGAAACUACACUUACCGAUGACAACCAUGACAACGAGGCUGAGAAUGAGCAAGCACCGCCCGAGUCAGCGAAACAAACGGCCGAGCAACCCGCUGUGGAUGAGAGGCGGUGGGAAGCAACCGAGGUUAACGAAGUGAUUCCCGGCGAUGCCGCAGCCGACAAACACGACUCUUCCGCCUCUCCAACGGCGGUCCCUGUAUCGAUGCCGCAACCCAAAGACGAUAUGCAGGAGGAGUUGGUUAUCAGACCGCUGCACUCCGGAGACAUUUAUGCCAGCUUCCAGUUCCGCACCCUGUGGGAAACGGACUUCACGAAAGGAAAGAAAGUGUCCCACUACAGGCUAUUUCCUAAGUCCCUGGGACAGGUCAUCUCCAAGUUCUCAGUGCGAGAGCUGCACAUUUCCUUCACCCAGGGCUACUGGAGGACCAUGCAGUGGGGACAGCCUUUUCUGCCCUCUCCUCCAGGCGCUGAGCUCUGGGUUUGGUUCCAGGACUCUGUGACUGAUGUGGAUGCCACAUGGAAAGAGUUGACCAAUGUUUUAUCCGGCAUCUUCUGUGCCUCUCUUAACUUUAUCGACUCCACAAACACUGUUCAGCCCAGUGCUUCCUUCAAACCACUGGGAAUUGGCAACGUGACAGACCAUCGAUUCCUCCGUUACGCCACCCUGCCACGAGAAAUAGUCUGCACUGAGAAUUUGACACCCUGGAAGAAACUCCUGCCCUGUGGAUCCAAGGCUGGGCUCUCUGUGCUGUUGAAGUCAGAGAAACUCUUCCACAGCAGUUUCCAUUCCCAGGCAGUGCAUAUAAGGCCAGUUUGUCAGGACUGGCAGUGCAAAACAACGUCCUGGGAGCUGAGGCAGACACUGAACGUCGUCUUUGACCUUCACACCUCUGGAGGGGCUAAACGAGAGUGGUCUUUUUUUAAGAUGUUCUCCCGAACCUUGACAGAAGCAUGUCCACUGGCUUCCUCCAGUAAAAUAUUCAUCGACAUCACAGACAACCCCCAGGAGGAGCAGUUUGAGCUCAGCCCAGCCACGCCCCUGCUGAGCCAGGCUGUGGUGCUGGGGGACAGACGGACGUUCUCUGUCUAUGAUCUGACCCAGCCCAUCACCUUUGGCACCAUGCGCUCCCUCAACCUGCUGAUCCGCUGGAAAUCCACCGAGGGCGACAUGCUCCGCCCUUUGCUCCAUGGCGAGCGUUAUGUAGCUGGGUACGGGCUGCAGACGGGGGAGAUUCACACCUUGAUGUACAACAACCACCCCUUCAGGUCGUUCCCCGUGCUGCUGCUUGACUCGGUGCCCUGGUAUCUGCGUCUCUACGUCCAUACGCUCACUGUCACCAGCAAAGGAAAGGACAACAAGCCCAGUUAUAUCCAUUACCAGCCAUCUAAGGACCGCGUCCGGCCUCACCUGCUGGAGAUGCUGGUCCAGCUUCCUCCUCACUCUGUUACCGAGGUUACAGUGCAGUUUGAGAGGGCUCUGCUCAAAUGGACCGAGUACACACCCGAUCCCAACCAUGGCUUCUACGUUGGAUCCUCAAUAAUCAGCUCUCUUGUACCAAGCACUGUUGCCAUGGAUACAAACAUUACUCAGGAGCAACCGCUUUUCAGCAGCUUUUUUCCUUGUAAAGAGGAGUCCAGCUAUUUUAUGCGGGUCUACACGGAGCCUCUGCUGGUCAACUUGCCCACCCCAGACUUCAGCAUGCCUUAUAAUGUCAUUUGCCUGACCUGCACUGUUGUGGCCGUGGGUUACGGCUCGCUCUACAACCUGCUGACCCGAAGCUUUCAGAUAGAAGAACCCAACCCAGGACUGGCAAAGCGGAUAGCCAACAUCAUACGCAAAAUGAGGGGCGUGCCCCCACUCUGAGCUGUACAACAAGGCCCACUGACUUCUUCAAGAAAAGGUGUUUUCCUUUUUGGUGAAACAACUGGAAAACGAUUGAUAUUCAGGGAGGACUGAGUCCAGCACUGGCGUGAAUGUUUUAAACUUGAAGGUGCUUUUUUUCCCCCUUUUUUUUUUAUUGUAUCUUUUUUCUAUUUAAAUGGAGGGAACUUUUUUUUUCUUUGAAUAUAAUAACUUUCAGGAUGUUUCUCUGCUGGGUUUAUUUGCUGAGAAAGUAUAUUUUUGCCUCUUGGUGGAAAGUAAAAGCUUUGCAGGUUCUCAGAGAAACAGAAAGAGCAGUAGCUGUGUCAAAAUCACUGAUGGGGUUUUAAGUUGAUGGCUUUGAAUAUGUUGAAAACAAUAUCUUAAGUCAUCCCAUAACUGAGAUGUUCUUUUACUGUUUAAACAACAAAAGCAGUAAAGAUUAGUUUAGAUUAAAACCUUUACCCUUCCCCUGUUUUUGGUCUGUUGUUUUCCAUCUCCCCACCGGGUGAGAUAAGAUAAAAUGACAAGCUAAGUCAGAGUGACUCUGUCAGAAUGACAUUUUUCUCUUUUUAAACAAGAUCGCUGCCAAGACCCUGAAAUCAGUUUUCUGAACACUAAACACUGCAUUUCCGAGUCUCGCCUUUAAACUGGUAUUUAUGAACUACCCGAAAAAACAGGUGACAUUUUUUUUUCUUUUAUUUCUGUAUUUUUUUCUGCUUGUGUGUUGUAUUAGAAUUAGGAAGCAGCCUUUAUGCAGCCAUUGAAAUGUUUUGGACUGACUUUUGGAUGCAUGCUUGAAUGUUAUGUGGAACCGUCUGAACGUUUCCAUUAUUGACCAGUCAAAUAUUCUCAUCAUUAUUAACCCAUCAAUUAAUAAUGUUUCAAAGUACCUUAAAACAACUGUUUGGAGUGUUUGCACACUGUCCUCUGCUGUACUUUUUUAAACCUAAUUUUCAGCCAGUAGCACAUGGGAUGUUACAGUCUGUACAAGUUGUGUGUCUGAGUUUUAUUAUGAUCGCCUUAUUAAUAAACUGAACCACACCUGAACAGGAGCUUUUCACCUCCCACACAGUCUGUGUAUAAUUGAUCGGUCAAUGAUUGUGACCUCUGUACAAACAGUUAAAGCAGCUCUCUACAUGUUGUUAAAAAUAAGGUCAACUGCAGACCGUUUUCAAAUGGGUGGGAACACAAUGUCACAGAGCAACAUAACGGGAGUCGGCAGAAGUUUAAUCCCCCAUAAACAGAGCAUGAUCAUCUGUUUACAUUAUACCUAAACAGUUAAAGUACGAAUAGUUUUGCUUUUGAUCUGGAUUGAACAGAAAGAGUGUGCAAAUGU